AAUCGCAACCAGUGACACGGCAGAGUCUAUUGCCACCGUAUUCUUUACCGCACAAAACGUCCUUUUCCCCGCUCGCCCAUCAACGCACUUAAGAACGCGUUUGUGAAGUGUUGAUAAGGAUUUUUGCAUCUGUUUUACUGUUUUACGUGUUUAUUUCAUUCAUUGCGACCGGUUUUUUUUUUGUGAUGCCUUUGGACUUGCAAUAGUUCGAAUGAUCGUGUUUCCAUCCCCCACCGAUCCAUUCUAUUUUUAUGUUUUUGCUUGCUUUUUUGAGACUCUAUUUCCCCGGGGCUGGGAAGAACCCACUCCGAACUAGAAACCUCCGAAGUUGUUUGUCCGUCCCAAGCAAUACCCUGUGUGUGUGUUGUCAUCCUUCCUCCACCAAACCAUCCGACCACCUCAUCGGGGGUUGAUUGCGUGUAAUCAUAUAAGAUUGUGCUGGUUAUGAUGAUGAACUGGUUGAUCCUCUACGAACCCAAGGCCCAAGCCCGCGCGGUAGGAAGUGGCAACCAACACAACCUUGCUCCCCGAUGGGCGAGCCCUGCAUCUACCGCUGCCGAAAUGAAGUCAUUGAUGAUGCCCGAUGUGAACCUGCGACCGGCCGAACCGAGCCCUGGGUCGGGCGAGAACUAUAAAAGAACGCACAAGCUGCCGGAGAGCGAUCAGUAGCGAACAAGCGAACGCGUCUGUUAAUACAUUUUGGAGCAGUUUGAACGAAGGUCGUGUGAAAGCAUAAGAUGGCAAAGUUUCUGAUGUCUUCCCUGUUUCUGGUGAUCGCCAUCGUCGCGAUGGUUAGCGCACAAGGUGGACACGGUGGCCACAAUGAUGGACACGGACAUAGCGGAUUUGGUGGCCAGGGACACAAUGGCGGUGGCCAGCACGGAGGCUUUGGCGGUGGCCAGCACGGCGUUGGCGGUGGACACCAGGGAGGCUUUGGCGGUGGCCAUGGACAGAAGAACGUGCACGGAGGUGGUGGCCAGCACGGAGGACACGGCCAGGGCUUCGGAGGACACGGCCAGGUCGGUGGUCACGGACACGGCCAACAGCAUGGUCAUGGUGGAUACAAGUCUCACGGCUACUGAAUGAGUAAAGUUUAGGUUUGGUGUGUUUUCUAAGGGAUAAAAUAAAUUGUGAUUUGAGUGUACAUAUGA